UUAUGCCAAACCUCGCUCGGUGUUUUCAUUCUUCUCUGCACCCAGCCGACGGGAAGAAGAAAAGCUUCCUCAUUCACUAGACGUCUCUUUUGCACACGGCGUCUUUUACCUCUCCCGGGCUUCAAUAAUUCUUCGUCCGACUUUGGGACGAUGGGAAUGGAGGUACAAAAUGAGAUGGAGAGUUUUAAUGUUAGCGAGUCUGAAGUAGUCCACCAUGUAAGGGAAGCUCUUACAGCUGUGCCCUCGGGUUGUAGCGACAAUUAUAACCUACUUGUUGCUAUUAUGCACCAGCCUAACCAUAGGGCUCUGCUUGAGACAAGUUUGAAGGCACUAUCUAGAGCAGUUUCUUCGUUGGACAUUGUUCACCAUGAGUCCCUUCUCACUUCUAUUUUUCAAAUCAACAUCUGGAACUUUGAACCUGGUGAGAUGGAUGCCAUGAUAGCCCUGAUUAUAUCCUUGGCUUCUUCAGAUGGAAAAUAUGUUGAUUCGUGUUUAACCAUGCUUGUCAACAAUUUCACACCCCCAUCCAGUACUUUAUUGUUGCAGCCGUGGGGUAUUGAAAUAAAGAAACAAGUUAUUUCUCGGGUGCAUGAAGCCUUUGAAAAUAUUACUAAGGUGGUACCCCUGGCCCCGUUGAGAUUAUUGCCCAUAGUUUUACAGAGAAUGCCAACAGUCCGUAAUAAGGAUGAUCGUUUGAAGAUGAUUGUAAUAUAUGUGGAAAACAUGCUAAAGUUGGAGAGUGGUGAAUUGGGGGAACUUGUAAGAAAUUCAAUGCUAACAGCACUGGUGGAUAGGCUGAUAGAUUUGGAUGUGGAGAUUGGAUGGGAUGAUGAUUUGCAUGAUGAAUCUGGUAAAGACAUAUUUGAAAUGGACUUGGAAGGUGUGGAACAAGACGGCGAUGAGCUUCCAGAAGGAUCCUUAAGUAAGAAGAGUUCACGUGAAAAGCUAAUUGCUGAAUUAUUAGAUAGCUUGAUGGAGCUAACUUUUGAGCAUCUUGAAUCCUGUAAAGGUGAUGGUCGUUGGAUUAAGGUAUUUGAUAUUCUUCUCCAGUCAUUCCAGAUAACUGUUCUGAAUGCAUACAAGUCGAAAUUUGCUCAGUUUGUGAUGUUUUAUGCAUGUGCACUAGAUCCUGAAAAUUGCGGGGUGAGAUUUAGCACAAUGUUGGCAGAUAUAUUUGCUAGUGGUGUCCACUCUCAAAUUACCAGGAUGAGUGCUGUGUCUUAUCUUGCUAGUUUCUUGUCUCGUGCAAAGUUUUUGUCAGCUUCUAUCGUCAUUAGCUUGUUAAAAAGGUUGGUGGAUUGGUGUUUGGAGUAUUGCAAUAUCCAUGGUGGCGACAUUAACCCAAAAGCACAUAGAGUAUUUUAUUCAGGAUGCCAGGCCAUUAUAUAUGUGCUCUGCUUUCGAAUGAGAUCAAUAAUGGAUGUUCCUCGGCUCAAAUCUCAGCUUCUUCUCAUGCCACUAGAGACAAUUCUGAAGCAUGAAUUGAACCCACUCAAGGUAUGCCUUCCGUCAGUAGUGUCAGAGUUUCUCAAACAGUCUAAAGCAGCUCAUCUGUUCACUGUCUCUAAAACCUUCGUCUUUAAUGAUCUUCUGGAGUCAGAACUCUCUAGGGCAUUUGGUGGCCUGGAAAGGCUGGACAUGUUCUUUCCAUUUGACCCAUGUUUGCUGAAGAAAUGUGACAGUUAUAUCCGUCCAAAUUUUGUGUACUGGACAAUGGUUAGAACCACGUAUCAUGAUGACGAAGUGGACAGUAGUGAAGAAGAUGUUGAUGAAGAUUUUGUGGAUGCAAAUGGGGACGAUGGGAUGGGAAGGAGCGAAGACGAGGAGGAUCCUGGUGAUGAUGAAUUUGACUAUAGUGCAUUGAACAAAAUGUCCAUAACACCUAAGAACUGUGUUGGUUUGAUGGUCAAAUAGGGUUUUGUGCUGAUAGUUUAGGGUCAAAAAGUGACCUAUUAUUUUUGCAGAAGCACAUGGUAUGGCAAUUGAAAUGAGGGGGUUUGUGCUUAUAGUUUUGAUGGUAUUUGUAUCCUAAGUUAAUUAUUCAUCUUUGUUGUAAAAAUUAAUUGAAAAGUUGAUAUAUUUUUUCACUGA